AUGCACAGUGAACUCAUAGUUUUUUUAUGUGCUAUAAUAAUAAUUGAAGCAAAAAUAACAAUAAACGUAAAAGCAGGAAAAAUUAAAUCAGACGUUGAAAUAAAUUAUUCUGGUUACGACAAAGAUAUUAUAGGUGAUAAGGAAAUUGAGCUCUUCAACAUUAACAAAAUCAAUUUUAAAAAAGCCAUAAAGACCAAAUACGGCAUGUUACCACGUGAUGUCUUCUUAAAAAGUCCAACUCCAUGGGGAGAUUUAUAUAAAACGUAUAACUGGGAACAAGUAUCAAGAAUACUAAAAGUAAAAUCUGCCAAGUUAAAAGAAAGCACCGUCAAAUCAAUGGUGGUUCUAGCUCAAGACUUCGAAAAUAAGUCGAAUAUUACGAUAAAAGCAAACGCGGGAAUUAGUCAAACAGUUGAAAAUACAAUUUCAACGACUUGGUCAAGAAGUAAGGAGACGACAGUGUCCCAAGAUAUACAGUACGACUUGAAUGUAAUUUUAGCUAAAAUAUCCGGUACGACGAGUUUCUCGUUCAGUUCAAGCGUUGGUACGAGCGAAGAAAAGUCAGAAACUGUUACAAUUGGUACAACGACUAAUGUGGAAACAGAGUUACAACCAGGACAAGCAGUAACAGCUGUACUCUCAGCGAAUAGAUAUAAUUUGGAAAUUGAAGUUUUGUAUCUGGUAACACUGAGGGGAAAUGUUGCAGUGAAUUUUAGAAAGGAGUACAACGGUCACCAUUUCUAUGGGCCGUCGAUUGAAAGUGUUUUAACGAGUGGUGGUUUAAAUACUGAAGUGACAUUUACGGAAAAUAUUCAAUUGGGCCUUUACACUGAUGGUUCGUUGAUGGUGUAUGAUAAAGUUACAGGGCUGCCAGUAUAA